AUGGCAGAGCUAGCGCUAGGAAUCGUAGGUGUCGUGCCCUUGAUUGGCGGCGCGAUGAAGGCAUACAAAGAGGUCAAUGGGAAACUGAAGCUCUUCCGCCACAGUUCGAGAGAAGUCAAGAAGGUUCACAAGGUCCUCAGAAUCCAGCGCCAGGUCUUCGCCAACGAAUGCGGCCUAUGGCUCAGACUCAUUAUGGACGAUGACGAGGUAGCCUCUGAGAUGGCAUCCGAUCCUUCCCAUGACGGGUGGAAUGAUCCAUAUCUCGACAACUCUUUCCGAUCUCGAUUGAAGAAGAAUUACGAUGCGUGGUUUGAAAUCACCAAGGAUAUCUCCGACAAUAUCGAGAUCCUUGAAACUCAGAUAUCGAGUUACGAAGCGUCUCCUGAGACGAAGAACAAGGGUGGGAAGUUGAAGAAGGUUCUCAUGCGAACAAAAGACGGUAUCAAAGUCGCAUUCAACGCCAGCGACUUCGAAGAUACUAUCGAAAAGCUUCGGCUGUCCAACAAUGAACUAAAGGGACUGCGCGAGCAGAUCGGGGAGCUUCACAAACCGAAGUCUCAGUCGUCCAACCAGGCCAGAUGCUCGAAAAGGGGAGACUGGGCAACUCUCAUCAGAAUACGUCGCGCAUCAAAGGCUCUGCACGAGGCUCUCAUCCGAGCUUGGAACUGUGGUCAACCAGGCCAUCUUGGCCAUGUAGUCAAACUGUUCGUCGAGACGCACAGGGUGGAAGGGGAUAUCCAGAUGAACCUAGCCAUCGUUUGUCGGAAUCACACCGAAGAUCUGAUUCAGUCAAAGUUGGUUCAGCUCGAAGUUCGCUCGCAAAAUCUAGAAUGGAUCGAACAGCCAAGGAUACAUGGACAACUCCCAUCUCCAGACGAUGGUCGCUCCGAGUCUCGCAAACGACUAAAGGUGGUGAGGUUCGCGGAGACAACAGUGCAAACCCUCAUCCAGGAACCGCACACGUCAACGACGAUCACUUCAGAACAGGACGGGGCUUGUGGUUCUUGCGACCUCGGAUCAUCCAAGGAUAUCUGUAAAGAGUUGACUCGACAGCUCAACGCAAGUUGCCUCGGCCACAUUGACGUUCGGUCAGACGAAGCCUUCCGACAUUCAUUCUACCCAGCCAGAGACGAUCUUUGCCGUAGAUCUCUCCCGCCUUCACCAUCCGAGGACAGGGCAAUCACAAUGGACGAAGUUCUGGACGAGUCAUCCAGGGACUUCUUCUCAACAGUAGAUCGGCUCAAGCUCGCCCGUACCCUGGUAUCUGCGGUACUUAAGUUUCACUCCACGCCAUGGCUCAGUGAUUUCUGGAGAUUGAGAGAUCUCGCCUUCUUCAGAUCUACCCAGGGAGAAGAAAUGUCCGAGGCCAUUCGUACCUUACACGUGGGCGUGGAGGUUGCGCAGCGACAGCUCGACUCGAUGGAAGAUAUUCAGAGUUCUGCCGAUUGUCCGAUUUCCCAGGUCACCGAAGACGAGAGACUCUUUUGCGGUAUCGACAACCUUACCCUGCACAGUCUUGGUGUUGCGUUGCUCCAGAUAGAUAGAUGGACCAGAGUCGAGCCAGGCGAUGUCUUGAAGCUGGCCCUGCUCGGCUUUGCUGCCUUGAGCAUCGCCGCUCCUCAGUUCGGGAUAGGGGAAGGCUCGGUCAUCCUCAUCCCUGGUGGUAACUCUCCGACCAUUCCUCCCGUCAUUAGGCCGGGCAGGCGUCAUACCGAUGCUACUUUGACCAAACGGGAUGAUGACCUCGACGCCCUCAAGGACACAUAUCUCGCCCUUCUUGAGCCUUACACCAGUGACAACAAGCCUUCGGUUGGGACUUAUAUGAUCCUACUCCACUUGGCCGAUAUCCUCGCCAGCAAAGGCAUCAAUGUCGACACUCUUGCUCUCGGAGAGGCCUCAGUCACCUUCGGUCCGUCUACCAAACGUCAAAUCUUCGAGAUCGGAGGUUGCAAGGAGUCGGAUGUCAUCGGUCUUCGCGCGACCUUGACCAGCCUGCUCCUCAUCUACGGCAACAAACCUCCUUUUGAGAUAUGGAAUCUUGAGCAAGCCAUCAUCGCCGCUCUCAAGGCCUGCAACGAAGACGUCAUCGGCGGCCCCAUCAUCCCCGAUCAACCAAUUCCAGGUGGGCCAAUGAUCCCCGACAAGCCCGUGCCUGGCGGCCCAAUUAUCCCGGACGAACCGGUCCCGGGUGGGCCAAUCGCUACGCAGUCUCCCGUCCCCGGAGGUCCGAUGAAGCCCAGUGACUAA